ACAUACAGAACAGUGGCUGCAUUAAUCUCUCUUGUGUGAAGUUGCGAGUUUUAGAAUCUGGGAAUGACGUAGUGGGAGCGGUAGCUGGUGUAGUCGACUGGAUCAUAGCCUAUGCACAGUUGAACACUGUGAAAUGCGACGACAAGGGGUGCUGUGUUGCACCCAUUUGACAAAACACCCGUUGCGAGACCUGAGCCUAUAUUACACGGUACACAGUUCAAAACACCCAAGAGACGUGCCUGUGAACACGAUGAACUGGUCAUAUUUGCCCCCCUCUCCCGAUCCAUAAAAUUGUAAAAUAGGAAGUCUCGUUAGUUAGGUGCAUUUCUGGGAGGGGGAAGUUAGGCGGGAGGGGUAGUAGCGAGUUUCGGAAGAGGAAUAACUGGAGUUUUUCUUUUUAAAAACUGGAAAUUGAAAACAUUUGACAGCCUGGUCUUGCUGUGCGCUGGCGUGGGUGCCUGCGGGGGAAAGGGGAGAGAACAUGGCCGGGAAUUGCAACAGUGUAACAACGGGAACGGGGGAAAUUAUUCAACUUAAUGUCGGAGGUACAAGGUUCAGCACCUCCAGGCAAACUUUGAUGUGGAUUCCUGACUCUUUCUUCUCAAGUUUGCUGAGUGGCAGGAUAUCCACGUUACGGGAUGAAACUGGAGCUAUAUUUAUUGACAGGGACCCUACAGCAUUUGCACCGAUUUUGAAUUUCCUCCGUACGAAAGAACUAGACCUACGGGGAGUGAACAUUAACAUUCUUCGACAUGAAGCAGAGUUCUAUGGGAUAACACCAUUAGUGCGGCGGUUGCUACUGUGUGAGGAGCUGGAGAGGUCAUCGUGUGGCAGCGUGCUCUUCCAUGGCUACCUGCCCCCUCCAGCCAUCCCAGCCCGCAAAGAGAGCCCCGUCCCCACCGCGGCUGCCCCUGGCCCGGAGGAGCGACCGGUGCCGAGCGGGGCCGAGGGGGGCCUCCCCAGGGCCUCCCCGCAGACCGCCGUUCACGGGGCCCCUGGUGCCGAGGACCUCCAAAGACUGGGGUCACCUGUAGACCCCAGGAAAGUGCUCAUUGUCGCCGGGCACCACAACUGGAUUGUUGCAGCAUAUGCACAUUUUGUCAUCUGUUACAGGAUAAAGGAAUCUUCAGGAUGGCAGCAAGUAUUCUCCAGCCCUUACCUGGACUGGGCGAUCGAACGCGUGGCGCUCAAUGCGAAGGUGGUGGGUGGUCCCCAUGGAGACAAGGACAAAAUGGUUGCCGCGGCAUCGGAGAGCAGCAUCAUCCUCUGGAGCAUCCAAGAUGGAGGCAGUGGGAAUGAGAUAGGUGUGUUCAGCCUGGGUGUGCCUGUGGACUCUCUGUUCUUCAUUGGCAGUCAGCUGGUAGCCACCAGUCACACGGGCAAGGUGGGGGUGUGGAACGCUGUUACCCAGCAUUGGCAGGUGCAGGAUGUAGUCCCCAUCACUAGCUGUGACACGGCCGGAUCCUUCCUGUUGCUGGGUUGCAGUAACGGCUCCAUCUACUACAUUGACAUGCAAAAGUUCCCUCUGAGAAUGAAGGACAACGACCUCCUGGUGACGGAGCUGUACCACGACCCCUCCAACGAUGCCAUUACCGCCCUGAGCGUCUACCUCACGCCCAAGACCAGUGUGAGCGGGAACUGGAUUGAGAUUGCCUACGGGACCAGCUCGGGGGCGGUGAGGGUCAUCGUCCAGCACCCCGAAACGGUGGGGUCGGGGCCCCAGCUGUUCCAGACCUUCACGGUGCACCGGAGCCCCGUCACCAAGAUCAUGCUCUCCGAGAAACACCUGGUCUCAGUGUGCGCCGAUAACAACCACGUGCGCACGUGGACGGUGACGCGCUUCCGGGGCAUGAUCUCCACGCAGCCGGGCUCCACGCCCCUCGCCUCCUUCAAGAUCCUCUCCCUGGAGGAGGCGGAGAGCCACGGCAGCUACUGCUCCGGGAACGACAUCGGCCCUUUUGGAGAGAGGGAUGACCAGCAGGUGUUCAUUCAGAAAGUCAUUCCAAUAACCAACAAGCUGUUUGUACGCCUCUCUUCAACUGGUAAAAGGAUCUGCGAGGUGCAGGCGGUGGACGGCACCACCAUCACCUGCUUCACGGUGCGGGAGUGCGAGGGGUCCAGCCGCAUGGGGUCCAGGCCGCGCCGGUACCUCUUCACGGGCCACGGCAACGGCAGCAUCCAGAUGUGGGACCUCACCACCGCCAUGGACCUGGCCAACAAGACCGAAGACAAGGCCAAGAGGGAAGCCGAAGUGGGCGGCCCCACGGAGGAGGAGCUACUGAAGCUGCUGGACCAAUGUGACCUGAGCACGUCCCGCUGCGCCACGCCCAACAUCAGCCCCGCCCCUUCGGUCCUGCAGCACAGCCGGCUACGGGAGUCCUGCUCCAGCCUGCAGCUGCACGCUCACGAGCCCAUCCCGGAAACGGCCACCUACGGGGCCCUCCGGCCGUACAGAGAGAGCCCCCUGCUGGCCCGAGCCCGCCGCACCGAGAGCUUCCACAGCUGCCGCGAAUUCCAGAACAGCCUGGGCAAGGGCCUUCUGGAGCUGAACGGGCAGAGCGCCACGUCACCGGGGGCGACGGCCGGGGCGGGGGCGGGGUUGGGAGCGGGGGCGGGGGAGGCCAGGCGCUCACUGGGGGAGGGCGGAGACAACGGGGAGAGAAGGGGCGCGGCCCCGGAGCCGUGGGCGGGGCGGGCCCCCGAGGGCCAGCCGGAGCCGCCCAGGCAGCCGCCCCCGCCCGACAGCCCCGGCGACACCCGGAGGAAAGCCCCGCCCCCGGAGGAGGAGGCGGCGGGGGCGGAGUCCCGCCAGGAGGCGAGGAAGAGGGGGGCCUUCGACGGGGGCCUCCUGGCCAGGAAGAGGGGACCCCCCAUACCCCAGCUUUCCUCCCUGCCCUCCAGCGGCGACACGGCUGGGAGCGACUCCUCCAGCACGGCGUCUCCCUCGCCCACCAAGGCGUCCACGUCCCCCCGCCACAGGAGAGGGACGGACCCCCCGGGACCAGAGUACAACCUGUAACUCACUGACAUAUCCGCACAUACUACUUUUUUUUUUUUAAAGUCUUUGAACAACUUUGUAUUCCCUCUACAACUGAGUAGGCCAAAUCGCAAUUGUAACCGUAGGCUGUCCCCUUCACUGCAACGUUGCGCCAUUGAUUCGGGAGGGUGCGCGGUAGCACGAGCGCUGCCCAAAGUGCGCGUGCUGCCGGCUGCUGUCUCUUUACAUUCCGCAAUCCCGCCGUCACUGCGGGCUGCAGGCACCCGAUUAACCAGAGGAGGCGCCGUUGAGUGAAGGAGUGGGGCGGGGGGGCAGAGGGGGAAUUCCCCGCCGAAUGACAACGCUAACCACAUUUCACCCCGAAACACUACUGUCACGACCCUUCUACACUACAACCCUCGGCUCUACCAUAGCAUUCAGACGCUGCAGAGUUCCGUUUACACUGCUGAUUGGUUGGUGCUGGUCAGAGGAAGAUUAACAGACGACUGCAAAGAGGUAAAUGCUGAACCAUGCAGCUUUUACACACCUGUCUUUUUCCCCUUUCUCAUACCUGUAUACCCGUGUUCAGUGUCUAGUUUUGACCUGGAUCCUUUUUUAUUUAUGCCUGUCUAAAAAAUCUCUCUCACUGCUGACUGUGACCAUAAGCUAUUUGAGCGUGCAACAGUCACAUGCUAAAACAGAACAGAGUUUAAACUAGUAGCAACCAAGGGAGGUGUGCAAGGAGCAGACAAGGGGUGGGGGGGGGGGUGAAGGCUUUAUUUAAUAAUCAUUCUGAAGCUGCUUUCUCCCCCUGCUAAUUUUGGAAGGCCUGAUGGCAGUGUUAAUGUUAGCACCUUGAUUUUCUUGAUUACGCCUGUUAAUUUUGGAGGGUGGGGUGGGGAAAUGGUUCAGAAUUUACCGGUUUAAAGGUGACCGUUCCAUCCGGAAGGUAUUCGGCGAGCAGUUGUGACUCAUUUUUAAACUGUCAACUGGAUUUCAAAAUAUGCUGGGUGCUAAAGCAAGGAUGUAAUUCUAGACAAUGUGGCUCAAUUUCUGUGUGUUUAGCUGGAGUGUGAACCUCGGCUAUGAACCCUUAGACCGCAGCGAAUCCUUAUUUGACAGAUUUGGGUAGCUGUUCCAGUUGUAAUGCAGCUCUGUUGUCUGGGGGCUUGAGCCUGAGGUUUAAACUCCAGCUAAGCGAUUGACCCAGCAUGUCCUGCAUUCAUAACAUAGGAUUUUUUGGAAGUUUUUUUACAUAUUACUUCCGCCCUAUUACACAGAAGCGUUUAAACCAGUGUCAUCUCCGCUGUUUGGCUUUCCUGCUCGCUGCUACACUACAGUUGGUCAAAGCAUUCUUUGGGUAUUCUUUUUCUUUGACAUCUCAUUCCUGGGUGCUACCACAAACACUGACCAGGAAUAGGCAACAGAUGUUUAGUUUGUUCUGUUUUUUCUUCCAUUGCUUUGCUUGUAUUUAAACUUGCAGAGUGUAAAUCCUAAAUCACGGAGGGAUAGUCAAUAGUCUAUUUUUUUCUCUGUUUAUGUUCUUUCCUUGCUUCCAAAGUUCAGUGCCUUUUUUAUAAAAAAAAUAAUAAUAUAGUAGCUAUUAUUGUCAUUGCUACCCUUGCUUAAAGAGAGGAUUUAAACCAAAGGGAGUUGCUUAUGUUUCAGUAAAGAGCCAGUUCUGCCUAUUACAUGUGGUUAGGUCUUUUCUGAAGGCUUGCCAUGUCCCACAUCAAGUUGAGGCAGUGACAAAAUGGCUGGUCUCUGUAAAUAGCAUAAUACUACUUUGCAGUUGUUGUUCUUUUUUUGUUAAGGUGGACCCAUAUACUGCAUACAAAAUGUAUUAACAUGUAUGUUCUGUGCUAUGUACUUUUUAUUUCCUUAUCACUACAUGCAGUUGUUGGCUAUAAUAUUUAUAUGUAAUUAAUCAACAUUUUAUUUGCACUCCUAAUAAGAAAAUAUAUAAGAUAGUAUUUACUUUUUUAUCAGAUAUUUGACAAACGGGACAAACAGGAAAUCCCACCUCUCGUUGUCCUGCCAUUCAAAAAAACUCUGGCUGUUUACAAUGUCAGUCCGACCAAGAAAAAUUAAUGUUUGUACGUAAAAGUAACUAUUUAUGCUGCUUAUAACUUUUGUACAGCAUGUGUAUAAAGCAUAGUGGUAUACUGUUGCUCGCUGUUACACGAUUCACUAUAUGGAUAAGUUAGCACUGAAUUUAUUGAGUUCUCUUUAAAGAUAAAUGAAGGAUGUCUACAUUAAGAACAUGGAUUUGCAGUGCUUUGACAAACAAUAUCCACACAUCUCGCUACUCACAACUGAAUGUGAUAUCCCUCAAAACAUGCAUGUUUACAUUUCAGGCUGAAUAAUUAUUGCACCCAGUAGGGGUACAUUGAUUCAAAUGUGAGUAAAUGCACUUCUGCUCAAAAAUCAGUUGUGGCUUGUCGCCUAUUUAUGCCGUGCGGCAUGCAGGGCCAUUGGACUGUGGCCAUGGUGCUACUCAGCCAAAACUGCCAGAUGGAGAAGUAACUGAUAUUAUAUCCAUCCCCCCUCUCCGAGGUGAGGAAGCACAUUUUUAUUGGGCCUCUGUACUGCGCGUAUCUUGGAUUUGGAGUCUCAUCAUGUAGACAGAACAGAGGGCAUAUCAUGUAAAUAUAUAUUUUUUUUGUUAAAUACCAUUGUGUAGUUGGCUCUCAGAUUGUGUGGAUAUUAUUUGUCAGAAGCAGAGAGCAUGUGCUUGUGUGUGUCAGAGAGACUACACUAUAUAUGACCUCCUGAUGGUCAUAUAUGUGUGAGCAAUGCUUACUUGUUCCUCCAUUGGCAGUGGAUGAUCACAUUAGAUGUGAUUCGUCCCUUUACAAAAAAAAAACAAUGCAUUAUGUUGCUGCUUCUAAGUGAUUCGAUUUCAAGGGCCUAAACAAGGGGUAAAAAAAAGUUUUUUCCUCCCCAAUAUUGUAUUCUAAUCUAUUUUGAGUAUGGUGUUAAAAACAUGCAUUUAUUAUUUUUUUCUUUGACAAUUGCUGCAAAAUGUUGCUGCAAGCUCCUAACAUUGCUCACCUCAGCCUGUAGUCCCUCUGGGUCCCACGCCACCUGGUACAAGUUUCAGGGUGAGGGUGACCACCGGUCAACUCUGAACUAUCGGUAGUGUGAAUGUCCACCUGUUUUAUAGACUUGUGCAAAUAGACUGACCAAAUAAGUCUAUUUUUUCCCCCUAAUACAUGUUCAUGGUUUAUAAAUCGGAAUGCCCCGUGUCUCCUCACCGCAGUGUCCUGCCGAAUCGUGUAGCAUGCGUCUUCUGACGCGCAUGCAGCUGGCCGGCACGGCACGUAGGGCUGCAUCAUUUUCAUCGCAACAAUUUGGCCUCUACGUUGCAUUGACUGUCAGACCAAAAUAAAUGAGAAGGUCCUCCUACGCCUGGAAGUACAUGUAAUUGCAUUCUGACGUUACUAAUGCAGUCAAUUACAAAGUAAAUGAAAACACUCAAACGUAUUGAAGGAACUCUCAUGUUAUACUGUGUCAGCAGGGUGAUGAAUGUGUGGUCAAAUGAUUGUGAUGGUUACUGUGUAAGUUGAUGGUGGAAUGUACCAACUGUGAUAUCAAAUAAUGCAUUGGAGGGAUCUUUGGAACACUAAAAAAUUGCUAACUGCCAUCGUCACUAACCUCUAAGUAAAAUCAGUUACAUGAAGAAUGACUGGAGUUCUGCUUUCUGUGUUGUUGACUGAAUGUUACAUUUAAAAGUUUGAUAAUAAAUUGAUAUAAUGCAAUGUCCAA